CGGUAGCUGUUCAGCAGAUACGUUGGGUUUGCGUGGCUUGGCUGCGUUGCGGCGCCCGUGCGGCCUACCCAUGAGCUCGGACUUCCAGCAUUACAGUUUCAGGAUGCCGAACAUCGGGUUCCAGAACCUGCCUCUCAACAUAUACAUCGUGGUUUUCGGCACGGCCAUCUUCGUCUUCAUCCUCAGUUUGCUCUUCUGUUGCUACUUGAUCAGGCUCAGACAUCAAGCACACAAAGAGCUUUACGCCUACAAACAGGUUAUACUCAAGGAAAAGGUGAAGGAGCUGAACCUACACGAGAUCUGCGCCGUUUGCUUGGAGGAGUUCAAGCCCAAGGACGAGCUGGGGAUCUGUCCCUGUAAACAUGCCUUCCACAGAAAGUGCCUCAUCAAGUGGCUGGAGGUGCGGAAAGUGUGCCCGCUCUGCAACAUGCCGGUGCUGCAGCUGGCCCAGCUGCACAGCAAGCAGGACCCCGGCCCCCCCCAGGGCCCCCUCCCCGGCGCGGAGAACAUCGUAUAGCUCCGCCGCCCCAGGGACUGCCCCGCCGCCGGCCCGGGGGACUCGGAGACAACCAAAGCACUACGGCACCAGCACGGAGGGACAGGCGAGGACGCAGGCGGCCGGGCGGGGAGCCCGCAGCACUUUAAAGGGGGGCACGUCCCCGCCGGCCGAAGCGGAAGAGCCCCGCGCCCCAAAAACCUGCCUCCGCGGAGCCGUGCCGGCAUGAAGGAUCUCGCACUCGAGCCCGGGCUCGAUUCCUCUCCCGGGGCAAGGAGGGGACUCGGGGUCCUCCGUGGGCGCCUGCACGACAUCCUUCUUCCAGCGCAUCCCUUCUCCAGCACGACGUCCGCCGGGA